AUGGCCCGCCUUCUCGCGCUUUCCCUGCUCGCUCUCAGCUGCGUGCUGCUCCUCGCGUCGCAGGCUGUCGCCACGCGCGUCGAACCGUCGUCGCAGAGCCCUCGUGCGCCGUCAUUCGCGACGAACAUUCGCCGCCAGCUGCUGUUCGGCCGCUUCAGCUGCGGCAGGUCGAACCUCAAGGGAUACACGUCCAAGGCCGGUCUCUCAUCCGGGCUGGUGCUGCACUGGAAGGCCACCAAGGGGCGGACAAUCAAGAUGGCCGUGGUGGCAUCAGGGGCCAAGGCUGCUGGGUGGUUCGCCGUGGGCUUUUCGCCUAAUGGCGGCAUGUCGGGCAGCAACGCCAUCGCCACUGACUCCUCGGGCAGCCCGGUGACAAAAGAUCUCGUCGGGCAGUCAUCGGCGGACGAUGCGGCGUGGACCGUCGGAUCGGGCUCGAUCUCCACGUCUAGUGGCAAGGUCACUAUGAAGUUCACGAAGAACAAGGGCGAUGGGGCAUCGGUGAAGGUUAAGGCUGACAACGACAACAACAUUGUGUGGGCGUUUGGCGAUGGGGAUACUGUCUCAAUGCACAAUGGAGCUGGUAAGGCAAGCAUCAACUUCGCCUGCGGGUGCCCGAUGUUCCAGAGCAAGUGCUAA